CUUAUCUCUGAUGAGUUAAUAUAAUUUUGUAAUUUCUUCUAUAUUUAUGAUUGUUGAAUUUGGCAACAUCCCUAAAUUCUAUUCCCUCUUUUCCCCUUCAUAUUUGUUGGCUCUCAUUCAUUGGCUUAUGUCAGAUUUGAUUAACACCUCCACUCAUACAUUUCAAUGUGUCAUUGUUCUUUCUUCAAUUGUACGUAACAAUAAUACUUUUGAAGCACAUUUUCUCAACCAGAAGUCAGAUUAUUAGAUUUUAAGAUCAACUACUUUAGCUCACAUUUUGCUUUUUUUUGCAGGUGUAACCUUGUGGAUUUAAUGGUGGAAAUGGAUCGCAUGUUGCGUCCAGAGGGAACAGUUGUGAUACGUGAUUCUCCCGAAGUAAUUGAAAAAGUGGAACACAUUGCUCAUGCAGUCAGGUGGACAACUAGCUUAUAUGAAAAGGAGCCUGAAUCACAUGGGAGAGAGAAAAUCCUUGUUGCGACCAAAACUUUCUGGAAGUUACCUUCAUCUUCCCAUUGAGAGCCAUUUUUCUUUAAAAUAGGCGUAAGAUUGGCGUUGGUUACCAUUGUUGACAAGUUCUUUACAAAUACCCAUCAAAAUCGUGCGUCCCUUGUCUUUGGUCCCCCUUUCGGACUCAAAUGUUUUCUACCACUCUACGAGACAGCUAAUUUCUUGGUCCACCAUGGUUCUGUUUUUAACUUAGUCGAGACGACAUGACUUAUGAAUUAAACUCAUGCAAAUGUUUGUAAAAUUCAACCUUUUGUAACAUUCAACCUUUCUUGUAGAUUGUUCAUGCAAGUUGUGAUUGAAAGUGCCAUGUAAUGUUGGUUGAAAAAAUUUCCAAUCCCCAA